AUGCGUAAGCCUCCCGGUUUCUAUACAGGUUUAAUUCACUCUGGGGACUUGAGCUCUCGGGAUGUAACGCUGAUUUGACAGUUGGCGGUCAGGAAGUGGCUUAAGGACGCCAGUGCUGAGCUUUUAGUUGUUGAAAUUUAUUCUUAAAAACAAGAAGUGAGCACACAAUCCACGCCUCAGCUUGUUUUACAACUGAUCAAGCGGUGAGGAGAAGAAACAAGAGAGCCCCACCAUCAGAGAGGAAAGCGCGAGGAUGAAGGUCGCGAAAGUUACAAUGUUUCCCUUCAAAGACAUCGGCUGGUGGACUGCUAUUGACCCUCGGGUUACACUAUGCACUACUGCGAUGGCUCCUGCCUGCAUAAUUAUAAACCUGCCAGUAUGCAUACGCAGGUGAAGUCUCGCCUGCAUCUCUUGUCCAAGAAUGAUCACCGGCCUUGCUGGGCGCAUCAGCCGUAUGAGCCAAUGGUUUUGGCGCACCACGACAGCCGUGGAAAGCCAAAGCUCACGCCUUCAACGACGAUAGUUAGUAAAUGCCACUGUGCGUGA